CUAAGGAACCUGUUUUGUCUGGUUUUAGAUGCCUUCGUUUUGGCAAGAUGCCUAGCUAUUUUGCCUGGAAUGAGCUCCGACUUUCAAAACAACCUCCAGCUGAUCUCCCAAUUCCCUGCGGCUCAAUGCAAGCCACAACACGUGCACUUGUCUUUUGGGACAAGCGUUCAUGACGUCACUAUAAUGUGGGCCACGCAUGGUUUAUGUAAUAGUAAGGCGAAGCUUGGCAAGUUUCCUUGGAAACUGGAGCAGGAAAUUCAAGCGGAAAAUGUUUUCUUCAAUAAAAGAAACAAACACGGCCUUAAACAUUUGCAUCGAGUCAAAGUUCAGCAUCUGUUACCAGAAACAAUGUACUACUACAUGGCUGUGAGCAAUGAGAGCUAUUCAAGAAUCUUUUACUUCCAGACACCACCUGCAGGCAAUAAAUGGUCUCCUGACUUUUUGAUGUUUGGAGAUUUAGGCAUCCACUCCAACACCACCCCAUCCCUGAUCAACGAAGCUUUUUCUGGCAACUACACAGCUCUCUUUCAUGUGGGGGACUUUGCUUACGACUUGCAUCAUCAGAAUGGUUUGGUUGGUGACUACUUCAUGGAGCUGAUAGAACCUGUGGCGGCCUUCAUCCCUUACAUGACGUGUCCAGGAAACCACGAAAGUGAGAGAGAAAGUUUCGAACACUACAGACACCGUUUUUCCAUGCCGGGCUCGGACUGGCCAACUCCCGUACAUAAGAUGUGGUACAGCAUUGACAUCGGCCCUGUGCACUUUGUCAGUUAUUCAUCGGAGGUGUUUUUUGCAAGCUCGGGUAGAAAUGCUGAGCUCCAGAAACGGUGGCUGGUGAACAACCUGCGGGGAGUGAACCGUGAGCGGACGCCGUGGGUGAUAGCGUUUGGCCACAGGCCCAUGUACUGCAGUGGUAGCCGCGGGUCUGACUGCGCGUAUCCAAACUCCAGAGUGAGAAGAGGCCUAGAAGAUAUAUUUGUUGAGUUUCAAGUGGACCUAAUCAUUCAAGCUCAUGAACACAACUAUGAGCGGCUAUGGCCAGUUUACAAUUGGGAGGUUGGGCCAAAGUCCUACAUCAACCCCCCUCUGCCAGUUCAAAUCAUAACAGGGGCCGCCGGCAGCAUAGAGAGAACGGAUAAGUUUCUGAGAAACGCAAAUGAAUGGUCAGCGUUUCGUCUGGAUAAAGAUGCUUUCAAUAGUUAUGGACGUUUGUUAGUUAAAAAUGCUAGCCACUUGUACUGGGAACAACGUUCUAUUUAUAACCACGCUAAACUGGACAGCAUCUGGAUUAUAAAGGACCCAAAGGUUUAAGCCUAAAGUUGAAAAUGUGCAUGGAGUACACAAACACAUAAAGAAUAAAAUGCUAUGAUAAACAUAUAUAUAUAU